AUGGAGGUUGUCUCAAAGUUGAUUAAAGAAUGUGGGAAGGAACUUGCAGUUUGGAAUAGGUCUUCUUUUGGAUAUGUACAUGAAAAAUUGGCUGCGGCAAGAAAAAGAUUGGAGGAUUUGCAACAAUUGAAUGCUCUUUGUUCUGAUUCAGAAAGAGUCGAUGAGGCAAGAGGAGAAGUUAAUGUUUGGCUGGAAAUGGAGGAGGUGAAGUGGAAACAAAGGUCUCUGGUUCAGUGGCUAAAAGAUGGAGACCAAAAUACACGGUUUUUCCACUCACAAGCAAGCCAAAGGAGGAAAAGGAACAUGAUUAGGAGUUUAAAAGAUGAGACAGGUGUUUGGCUUGAGGGGGAGGAAAGGGAUUCUCUUGUGACUAAUUUUUUCAAAGAUUUAUUUGCUUCCUCUUUACAGAGUGGUUAA